GAUUGAUACGGGAUCGGACGAAAAAUACUUAAUUUAUAUGUGGUUUGUUAUGAUGCCAAAAAGAGGCUCAGCGCGAGACAGAAGAGAUUGACAAGUUACACCAAAAUGUUUUCAUAAAAAAACCCUUCAUAUAAUCAUCAAUUAAGGAAGUAAAAGAUCUGAAAUGGCUACUGGUGGGUUUGGAAGAGGUGGAAGAGGGGCAGCUCUACUUCAGGCUCUGAAAGAUGGAACUCGUAAACCAGGAGAUCAGGAUGAGAAAACAGUUGGAGUUCAGCCAGCAACACAGCCACCUCCUAUUGCUAUGGGUAGAGGUGAUAUAUUGAGGGGUUUGGUUGCUGCAAUAUCAGCUCCACCACCUACACCAGGAGGUGCACCAGAUCAGGCUCCUAUAGGAUUAGCAAGAGGAAGAGGAUUGGCUGCUAUGCAAGCCCUUCUGCAGGGAAGAGGACGCUCAAUGCCAUUACCUCAGCAAGCUCUGCAACUUCCAGUGGGACAGGCAUCCCCUCAGCAGGCACAGCAAAGUCCAGGGGCACAAGCAUCACCUCAGAAACAACAGCCUCUUGCAGGACAACAGCGUUCACCUCCCAGAGCUGGUCCAGGAUCAGCUGGUCAGCAAUCCCCUGGUCAGCCAUCACCUGGCCAGUCAUCUACUCAGCAGUUAGAAGGAAGGUUUGCAAGGAUGGCUACAGAAGAUAGAAGACCCACUGUUAGCAAUGUUGGAAAAGAUGGCAAAGUAGUUGCCCUAUCAGGAAAUUAUAUCAGAAUUAGGUGUGCCAAUGCUGGCGUGUAUCAAUAUCAUGUAGAUUACCGUCCAAUGGUGGAUUCAAAGAAUAUGAGAUUUAAAAUGCUCAAUGAACACAGGGAUGUGAUAGGACAAGUGAAAGCCUUUGAUGGUAGUAUAUUAUAUCUACCAAUCAGGUUGCCAGAUCAGGAAACUGUUGUAACAUCUAAAAGGCUUACAGAUGGGGUGGAUAUCACCCUCACUAUCAGACUUACCCGUGUGGUUCCUCCAGAAUCUUGUUUGAUGGUGUACAAUAUCAUUUUUAGAAGAAUUAUGUAUAUAUUGCAAAUGGUUCAAGUUGGACGUUAUUUUUAUAACCCAAAGACACCAUCAGCUGUUCCCCAACACAAAUUGGAGGUAUGGCCUGGCUACAUAACUUCAGUUUGUGAAAAUGAAGGGGGAUUGAUGUUGCUGGCUGAUGCAAGCCACAGAGUUCUAAGAACUCAAACCGUUCUUGAAUUGAUGCAGCAGAUUGUACAGAGAAAUUCAAGUGGCUUUCAAGAUGAAUGUGUAAAAAAACUUGUAGGGACUGUGGUACUCACUAGAUAUAACAACAAGACAUACCGCAUAGAUGAUAUUAUCUGGGAUAAAAGUCCUGCUCACUCAUUCCCAUGUAAAAACACCGGAGAGUCUAUUACUUUCCAAGAGUAUUACAAGAAAGCUUACAAUAAGAAUAUUCAAGAUGACCAACAGCCACUUCUCCUACACAGACAGAAAAAGAAGAGAACACCUCAGGGAAUGGAACAACAAUGUGAGAACAUCUGUUUAAUUCCAGAGUUAUGUUACAUGACUGGUCUCACAGAUGAACUACGAUCAGAUUUCAGAGUGAUGAAGGAUAUAGCAACACAUACAAGAGUUUCUCCAGCCCAGAGAAAACUGACAAUGGGAAAAUUUGUAAACAGUGUAAACAGUAGUCCUGAAGCAAGCCAGGAACUAGCAAACUGGGGCCUUAGUUUUGACAAUGAUACAAUAGAUAUUGAGGGCAGACAAGUGCAGGAAGAGAAAAUUAUAUUCAGGGAUGGCCAUGUGAUGGCAGGACCUCAGGCUGACUGGGGUAGGGAUGCUACAAGAAAAACUGUUAUCACAGCUGUUGAUCUCAAAAACUGGAUUGUGUUAUACACCAAAAGAGAUUCAGCUACAGUGCAAGAAUAUAUCAGUAUGAUGUUAAAGUGCUGUCCUCAAAUGGGAAUACAGUGCAAUAAUCCAACAAGAUAUGAACUCAGGGACGACAGGACAGAAACGUAUAUCAAAUCUUUACGAGAUAAUAUAAAUCCUACAGUACAAAUGGUUGUGAUAAUCUUCCCAACAUCCAGAGAUGAUAGAUAUUCAGCAGUAAAGAAACUAUGUUGUGUUGAAUGUCCUGUUCCUUCUCAGGUGAUCAUAGCAAAGACAAUCAAAGACCAAAAGAAGUUGAGAAGUGUUACACAGAAAGUGGGAUUACAGAUAAAUGUCAAAUUGGGUGGAGAGUUGUGGGCUCUUAGUAUACCAAUGAGUAACUUGAUGGUGGUAGGAAUAGAUGUUUAUCAUGAUGCUACAAGGGGUAAACGAUCUAUUGCUGGAUUUGUGUCGAGUACAAACAAAGAAUGUACAAGGUGGUACAGCAGAGUUUGUUUCCAGCUACCAGGACAAGAACUUAUUGAUGGCUUGAAGAUAUGUAUGACAUCAGCAAUAAGAAAGUAUCAUGAGGUUAACCACACAUUCCCAGAGAAGGUGGUUGUAUUCAGAGAUGGUGUGGGUGAUGGACAGCUGAGUAUUGUGGGAGGUCAUGAAGUAGAACAACUGAAACAAUGCUUUAGACAAUUUGGGGAUAAUUAUAAUCCAACAAUGACUGUAGUGGUUGUACAGAAAAGAAUUAAUGCUAGAAUCUUUCUCAAGACCAAUAGGGAUCUAGAAAACCCUCCACCUGGAACUGUUGUUGAUCAUACCAUUACAAGGAGAGAGUGGUAUGACUUCUACCUUGUUUCUCAGCAUGUAAGACAAGGAACAGUAUCACCAACACAUUAUAUUGUGGUACAUGACAGUUCUAACAUGAGACCUGAUCAUCUUCAGAGACUGUCAUACAAAAUGACUCAUUUGUAUUAUAACUGGCCAGGAACUGUUAGGGUCCCUGCACCUUGUCAGUAUGCCCAUAAGUUGGCUUACUUGGUUGGACAGAACAUCCACAAAGAACCAAGUACAGAGUUGUCAGACAGAUUGUUCUUCUUAUAGAUGGUACCAAAUAUCACCCAGAAACCAUUGGGCUAACAAGAUUUUAGUCCUGCUGGGUAUUGAUGUCAAUGCUAGUCAAAUUUUAAUUGAUUCUGUUAUGAAGGAUUGUGAAAAAGGAGAAAGUUUUUAGUGACAUUUCAGAUUUUAUAUCAGAUGACUUCCAAGUUUGUGCCUUCCUUUGUUCAGACAAUUUUUGGAGGACAUUUACAUAUUACAAGUAGUUUCAAACCAAAAGAUGUGUUUUAUAUGGUAUUUUUUUCAUAUUUUGUUCAUCAUUGACUUAGUAAUUUUUAGUUCAUCUCCAUUGCAAAAGACAAGGAAUGCGUUGAUUUAAUUGUUACAAUCAUUUUAUAUUUUGUAAUGUUUUGUUUUUUAUUUUGCAAGUUAGUGAAACUUGCAGAUCAAUGUUAUAAUUAUUUUAUACUUUUGUACAUUAUGUAGAUGUACUGUAUGAAGAAAGGUUGUUUUAAAUGUUAUAUCAGCUGUAAUACUCCCAUAGAAGAGCCAAACUUUUUACCAAAAAGAUAAAGGAACAAAACGAUCUUGAAUCUUUACAUAUACAUCUGGGAAAGAAUACAGAAGAUUGAAAAAAAAGUCAAAUGUGUACUUCUGUUUAAAUGCAAGGUGAAAAUAUUUAAAAAAAUUCCUAGAAAAGUAUCUAAUGGUUCAUAUAAUUCUAUCUUUCCUUCUUAAUCUGUAUUCUGCAACAUUCUUUCACCAGUUAGUCGAGGAAAACUUUGGCCAUUUCUCUCAAAAUGGACAGUAACUAUUCUAGUCAUAUAAUACUAUUUGGGUAUAUAUUGUAAUUUCUUUAGUAGGAUAUUGUAAUUUCUUUAGUAGGAAUGAAUGAUAUAACAUGUUUGUAAAUAGGCUUUAGUUUGGUGUGAGAAAAGUGAAAUGAAUCAUACAGCCAACCAUUGUAUAUACAACAACCUGACAUAUCUCCGUAUUAUAUAUUCAUUCAUGAAAUAUCAAGCGAAUUAUAUACCUGUACAUAAGAAUCAUUCUUAUUUAUGUCAAAGGCAGCAAAGAGUCUUAAACAACCUUAUAUACCAUAUGUUAUAAAUUUUCAUACACAUUUCAGCUCUAUAUUUAUAAAUUAUGUUACUUUAUUUUUACUGCAAUAUCUAGAUCAUGAUCAUCUCUUCUCUAAUUAUUGUGCUAUUUUCACAUUUUCUGACCGGCCUGAGAAAGAUAUUUCUCUUUACUAGUGAAAUAUCUGUUCACGGCAAAUGAUUGGUUGAAAUUAAAUUGUGAAGUUAAAUUUUCUUGUUUUCUUCUGAAUUUUCAGAUUCUGACGUCAUGAAAAAAGGCGCACAUGUCUGAUGAUGUCACAUCAUAAGUACACAGUUUUCCUCAAAUCUUUGAAAAGGAAGGAUAAAAAUCAUAAGAGAAACAGAUUCCACCACUGUAACUCGUGUAUUACGAUAUUUCUUCACUCUCAACAGUUCAAUUUUAAGUAUUUAAAAAGCUCGGUGAGCCUCUCGCUUCAAAUAUUAAAAUUUAACUGUCUUGAGUGUAGAAAUAUUGUAAUACACUUGUUGCAGUUGUGGAAUCUAUAUAUCUUUUGACAGUGAAAUUCCCCUGAUCUUCAUGAUAUUUUUAACAGUUUUUAUAUUUACCUUUCAUUUAAAAAAAAAAUAAAAAAAAAUCCGAAAGCAGCACUUUAUUCUGAGUAAUUUGUUGCUGAUAGAAUAUUUUUUCAAUUUAAUGUCCAACAAUAUGGUCAGUAAGACAAAACACUAUUAUAUUUAGGAAAAAUUAAAAUUUAAAAUUUCAUAUACUGACUCGUUAGAAAAUGCAGUGUUUCGUCAGAGUCCCUUUUAAGUGUAGACUGCAUUAAUGGUUUUUAGGAACUCCAUCCAAAAUUUGAACCUAAGUAUCUAUGUUGAAUGCUAAAACUGAAGAUGUUUUGAAAUUUAUUAUAAUGACCUAUAUAUAUUGCUAUCAGACAUGGAAAUAGUGCAUUUAUGUUUGAAGUUUUUUUUAUUUUUACCAAUCAGUCAUAGGUAAUGCAUUUAUAAUGGGCUGUGGGACAUAUUUUAUGUUUUGAGUUAUUCUUUAGUUGAAAUUUUUUUUCUUGUAAUUUGAAUAGGAUAUUGUUUAUAACCAAACAUUAAGAUACUAAAACAUAAGUUGUGUACAAGUGAUGUCACUACUUGUGAUGUCUAAAUAAGGGUGAUUAAUGACUUCUGUGAUCUUCAAUAUCUUGUUAGAUAUAACUUUUUGACAGAAGCUCUUUCAUAUUUAAGAGAAAGUAACGGUAUCAAUUUGUAUCGUUUUGGCUUAUAAUGUAACAAAUGUUGGUUAACCUCAACAUGUCUGAUCUCAGAAAUACCUUGUACCACAAACUAUAUAUUUUUAACAAAAUUGGCUUGAUAAUACUCCAUGGAGUAAAGAAGACCCCCUACUGCUGAACUUUUUGAUAACAGUAAGUGGUCUGUUCAUAUGGUAACCAACUAAUAACAUUCAUUGUACCUCACUCAAUACAAGUGUUCACUUGAGAUACAUUUCUGUUCUAUGUUUUGUUCAGACAUGUUUGACAAUCUCUUUAUUUGUCUUUAUAUAUUUGCAAUAACCUCAAGAAUGUGUAAUGAGAAUACUAUUGUAUGCAACUUUGAUAAUGAAAAUUUAUUACAAAUAAAGAUUUUAAAAGAA